AUGGAAAAUUUGGUACUAACCAUACGGGAACUGUCUGAAUCGUCAAGGCAACAAGAUCUCAUUAAUGCUAGCCAUAAAAUUCGUAGGUCUGCACAACCAAAUGUACAAAGUGUAAACAGUACGACUGUAACUAGAUAUAUCAACGAACUGAUCACUCAAAAAGACACAAGUGAAUUAAACGCAAGAAAAGAAAGUGUUAAUAGUGCAUCUAUGGAUAAAAAUAUGAACAAACUAUCCACACAAAAAUAUACAAGUGGAUUAAACGGAGAAAAACACAAGAUAGUCAUGGGAGAGGAAUUACGGAAAUUAUGAGAAGAAAUCACCCAGACCUUAAUCUAACAGGCAUAAUCAAACCAGGCGCGCCAUUACGCGAGAUUCUGAAAAACAGUGACAACAUAUUAACGACCGGUAACAGCUGCAUCAUAAUAGGAGGCGCAAAUGAUGUUUACUGUAAUGAAACUUGGCGUGCAACGAGAAUCCUAAAGGAAACUGUCAAAAGGAUGCCUCGAGUGCAUUUCUACAUUGUUAGUAUCCCCAGGAGACACGAUCUGAUGGAAAACUCGUGCGUAAACAUCGAGAUUGUUACAGCAAA